AUGAAGGUAUUUCUUGCCGUUUUGUUUGGUAUUUUCGUUACAAACUGUGCGGCACAUUCCACCAAGUUAACACUCUUCACACCCUACGUGCCAGUUCACCCGCUCGAUGAAGGAUAUUUCCCACGGCCAAAAUAUUUCGACCACGUGGAAACGGGACUGGUGCAGGAGCAUCCAACUGUGAGAUUUCCCGAUUCGCACUCACAUUCGUUGCAUCCGGUGGUACCUCAGCACCACUAUCCACACACACUUCACCAACCGAUUCACCAUCCUCCAGAGCUGUUCCUUCCCGAUAAAAGGUAUCUGAGCUUUGUCGCUCCAUCCGCAUCCUUGGUGGCGUACGUUCCGGUACAACGGGGCAAACCAGGUCCCUGGGCUGUACCGAACGUAUUUAUCAAGGGACAGGGCUACAGUACCAACCAUUAUGUGGCACCGACACUGAUGACGAAGCUCCUCGCACAGGACCCCCGAUAG